AUGUCGGAAGGUCAGCUGGUUCAGAGACGCAAAAAGACUGAAGAGCCAGUCGCUGAAAAACCAGAAGAAGCAAGUGGUGAUUCGGCACAUUCGUCUGAUCAAGAAGACAAUGAUAAGGGAACGCGAUUGACGUUGAUGGAGCAGAUUCUUCUGCUUGGAUUAAAAGAUCGUGAAGGCUAUACUUCUUUCUGGAAUGACUGCAUAUCCUCAGGACUACGAGGAUGCGUUCUGGUGGAGUUGGUUUUGCGGGGACGUAUUCAGCUUGAAGGUGGUGGAAUGAGACGCAAAAAUCUUCUCAAUAGAAAAGUAGUAUUACAGGUUACUGUGAAAAGCAGUGAGCCAACUGGUGACGUCAUUUUGGACGAAGCCCUUCGCCACAUGAAAGAAACCAAUCCACCGGAGACUGUGACCAGUUGGAUCGAGUACUUAUCUGGAGAAACAUGGAAUCCAUUGAAACUGCGUUAUCAAUUGCGAAACGUGCGCGAACGUCUUGCCAAGAAUCUCGUUGAGAAGGGUGUUUUGACCACCGAUAAGCAGAAUUUCCUUCUUUUUGAAAUUACAACGCAUCCACUUUCCGAUGGAAACCAAAAAACUAAGUUGAUCAAAGAAGUGCAAGAAUCAGUGCUUGGAAAGUGGACCAAUGAUGUGCAUCGAAUGGAUAAAAAAAUGUUGUCGUUGAUUGUUCUGGCUCAUGCUAGUGAUGUUCUUGAAAACGCAUUUGCACCACUUUCGGAUCAAGAUUAUGAGGUUGCUAUGAAACGAGUGCGUAGUCUGCUUGAUCUUGAUUACGACCAGCAAGCCGAAAAGAAGGGAAACGAUGUAAUGUGGGCCGUUUUCGAAGCUUUCAGCAAAUAA